UUCCCGCGGACCAGCCCGAUCGUUCGUGUAAAUUUCAAGCAUGUCGCGAAGGAUACUUUGAUUGUGGACCACGCGUGAAAGACAGUGGCCCGAAUAAGUAGGCCGUGAGCCCGCCGUUCCGUCCUCCAUUGCUCCGACGUCGCACUCCGUCGUCAUCGUCUGCGUUUGGUUCCGCUCCCGUGCGCCCAUAUUCGGUACAUAUUCCACCCGGUCCUGUGCCACUCGCCGAACCACUCCCGUUGUGGCCUUGCGUUGCAGGUGCACAACGGGACGGAAUAACGUAGCCACUAUAGCGUGUGAAGAGUGUCGGCUGUCGCGGCUACUGUCCAGUUCCCCCCCACCGUCACGGUGCUACUGUGCGUGAUGUCGAAAACUCUAAAGCGCCCUGUAGCUGGGACGCAUCCGCACUGCUACAUUCCCAGCCGCCUCGAGGAGCGGAGGGCGCGCAACCGAGCACUGCGCCAGGAGCGGCGCCGUAAGCCGGACAAACCGGACGAUUUCGUCACGUACGAGGACAGUGACAGCGAGGAGGAAACGCCAUGCCAGCAGAACCAGGUGCUGAACACGUCCUACAACUUUGUCGACUACAUUCGCAGCCGGGAGUCGGACCUGCGCGAAUCGCGCUCGAUUGAUCCGGCGUACGCUAGCCGCCACAUCCUCACGCACGACAUGUUCAAGGAGACACCGAUCUCGCUCGGUAACAUCAACAAGGUGUUCUGCUCGCAGUGGCUCAGCAACCGGCAGGUCGUGUUCGGUACCAAGUGCAAUAAGCUGAUGGUGUACGACGUCAAUAUGCGGAGGGUCGAUGCAAUACCGACGCUCCCGAACAGGAACGGCGGUAGCCCUGACACGCAGUCUGGCAUUCACGCGUGCCAGAUCAACCCGAGCCACAGCUUGCUGGCCACCGGGGCCCGCCAUUCGGCCGACAUUGCCAUCUACCGCCUGCCUACGCUCGAUCCGCUCUGCAUCGGCGAGAACGCGCACACCGACUGGGUGUUUGAUAUGUGCUGGCUCGACGAUCAGUUUCUGGUGUCUGGGUCGCGGGACACCAAGCUGGCGCUCUGGCGCGUCAACGAGGAUCUGAUGGACUUUCCCGAGAAGAAGGGGUGCGAGCAGGAUGUGCCGCGGUACGCGCACAUUUCGCCCGUCUCGGUGAAGGACUGUCGCGGGGCACAAAAGAUCCGAGCGGUGUGCUUCAAUCGCGAGUACCGCGAGCUGGCGCUGCUAUCACUCAACGGUUAUCUGCAUCUGUUCAACGCGGAAACGUUCUCGCAGAAGCUGUCCCGCAAGCUGCCCAACUGCCAGGAGAACGUUUGUAUCGCGUGCCAACCGAACGGUCUGUACGCGGUCGGCUGCCGCUCAUACACGCUGCUGCUGGACCCGAGAACGCUACAGGCGGUAAAGAAAAUUGCCUCACGGUACAGUGGGUGCGGGAUCCGGUCGGCAAGCUUCCAAGGAAACAUUCUUACCAUUGGCACCGGUAUGGGCAUGCUAAUGUUCUACGACAUUCGGGCGGGCAAGUAUCUGGAGUCGUGCAUCAAUUCAUCCCGGACGGUCGUGCUAAAGGCAAGCCGCGGCUAUGUGUUUCCAGAGGAAGAAAUCGAUGGCUUCCAGCAGCUCAAAUACACGCCGGCCAUCUACACCCACUGCUACGACAGUAGCGGAACGAGACUGUUCACCGCCGGCGGGCCACUUCCGGCCACAUUGAUUGGCAACUAUGCGGGCAUCUGGCAAUAAGCAUGCGACACCGAAUGGGGAGAAGUGAUGAGUUGACCGCUCGUCGUACGCGCCCCAUGGUUGUGGCUUCUUUGGUUCUGCAAAAACACACAGAACAGCACGGAGAAGCGUAUCACACCAGACCAGGCGGGGGUCGUUUCUGUUUCAAAAAUGGGCACUUUUUGCUUCCGAACUCACGCUGACAGGAUUCGAACCGUCGAAUCGAUCACAGGGCUAGGAUGUAUUGCAGAAAAUUUAAAACAAAACCGCAGGCACACCCUGCCAGGGCGGACCUAAUUAGCAAAUUUAUAACGAACAUCCCGGUGCCGGUAUCGGGGAACUCGUUUAUUGUAUAAGCCAGCUAGAGAACACAUUUAAUUGAUAAAUUACAUUUAGACUAGACUUAAGGCGUACAGGUUGUCGCUGUCGUAGUAAUUGGGGAAAAAAGACGAAAGGACGACGAGCAUGGACAAAAAUUAUGUUUGGCUUUACCAAGUGUUAAGCAGGCGACAAGUAAGAAUCAAGAAACUUACAACACACAUGGUUACGAUCAUUAUCGAUCGUGGUAAGGAGGGCACGAAAAUUGAAACGCACCGUUCAUAGUUUUCACAUUGCAAUGGCAAAUUCCAAUUCUAGGACUAUUUUUGGUUGAAAAAGUAUCCUCUUUUAAUUUGACGCAAUUGAGAAACACUCGAGAGAAAGACGGGAACCUCAAACACGGGAGUUAUUAGUUAUUAUUACGAUGGCUAGGCAAUACUGGCCUUGUAGAAGACAAAACGUUUCUGGCCCAGGGUUUCCAGUCUCGUUAAAACACAAUAAAAAACUUAAAAUCAUGAACAUUGCUGGCUGUCAGUAUCAACACUGUAUAAACAUUAAUCUUCACGAAACAGAGCACGGUUCAACACGCCGAGUGGGGUUAACGAAUCUGGAAACACCGGGUGGCCAGAGUCUCCGUCUUCUGAAAAGGCAAUAUUUUCUUACUUGCCCACCGUCUUUAGGCAUAGUAUCACGCUUUACUAUCCGUUUACCGUUUCGGCUUUUACCUUGCUCUUUGUUUUUUGCUUUACCAUUUUAUCGACGUCGACGUCGAGUUUUAUUAAAGCUUAUUAGUUGACUAUUCUAAUAUUUAUCGUGCUGGCCAGCUGUCGAAGGCUAAACGGGGGCUAUGAGAGGGAAGCAGGAGUAGCAAAAAUGGUACGAACGGUGUAGAAAGGGCCGAUAUUUUUUAUAGCAAAAAAGGCGGAUAAAGACAUUUUUCGUCUAUCGGCAAGGAAAUUGUACAGCGUGUGCGUGUGUGUAGAUGUAUGUUCGACUUUUUUAUGGUCCCUUGCGAUGCGAUGCAGGCGGAUUGUAAUGCAUCAAAAUCUAAGAUUGCGAAAACAGAUUUAAUAAAAGACUAAGUAUGGAUUCAUGUAAACGGUGGACGUCGUCAGUUGGGCGGAAACUUGCAGGAAUUUACAACGGUCGGCGGCAACUAAAGAAGCGUAUAAUUUUAACUAUCGGAAAUAAAUGAUUCACCAUCAAAACGGGUAACCCGGCAAUCGGGGCUACCCGGAUAUCUCGUUUGU